AUGUUUUGCAGAAUAUUGGCAUACACUGCUGCUAGAAAUUUGUAUAAGUUUCCCGGACAAAUUUUCGUGACGCAACAACAUGCGGUAGCCGCUAGGGUAAAUGCAUCCUCCUAUGGUGUACGACUUUUGCACGUUAAGGUCUACGAUAAAGAUUUGGAGGUACAAAGAGAAGCAAAUCGUAGAAGACAACAUUUAGAGGAACCUAAUGAAAAGUUCGAAACUUUCGCAGAGAAUGCUACACAAUCAGAAUUAAAAUUUGCAAAAUCUCACCAAAGUUCAUCCACGAUAGAUGACAAAGAAAUUGCCAUUGAUCCAGAUGUAUUUGGAAAUGCACCAAAGGAGCCAUUGCCAGAAGAUGAAGGUGACAAAGCCGAGGAGGAGUAUAUUAGCCGACCAACAAGACGAUCUAAGAAGCUGCGAACCAAAGAAUAUGCCGCUAUGAUAAAGGAACAUUUAAAAAAUCAUCGCGUCAAGGAUGCCUUGGAAGUUCUAGAGGUUCGAAUGCUUAAAGAGGACCGUGUAAAGCCUGAAAAUUAUAUUUAUAAUUUACUUAUAAGUGGUUGUGCCAAGGCAGGUUACACCAGAAAAGCCUUUCAACUUUAUACCAAAAUGCGUCAACGUGGUUUGAAAGUAAAAGAGAGUACCUAUACGUCUCUCUUUAAUGCCUGUGCUAAUGCUCCUUCCCGCCUCGAUGGGCUGACAACAGCAAACCGGUUACGGGAGAAGCUUUUGGAAAAGGGGUACGAACCAAAUGUCAAGAAUUAUAAUGCCAUGUUGAAGGCAUUUGGUCGAUGGGGAGAUAUAGAAACGGUAUACCUAUUGGCUGAUGAAAUGGUGGACAAAAAACUGGAGAUGAAUGGCGAAACAUACAAUUUCCUGUUGCAAGCAUGUGCCAGUGAUACAAAAAUGGGAUUUCGGCACUGUCUUCUGACAUGGCACAAAAUGUUACGAAAAGGUAUCCAACCGGAUUAUUAUUCAUUUAAUGCUGUAUUGCGUUGCGCACGAGACUGUGGAUUUGGUGAAUUGGAUUCCAUGGAAGAGGCAUUGAAGGGAAUUUUGGAAGGAAGCCAACAACCUAUUAAAAUAUCUUCUUCUACGACACAUGCACCCCAAUUAGAAAGUGGUGAUUGUUCUCAAAAUAAUGCCAAAUCAACUCCAAAUGAUUUGGUUAAUGAAAACAUUGCUCCCAGAACAUUACAAAUUCAAACAGAAGCUACAUCUUUGGAAUUACCAAAUUUGUUAGCUCCACAACCACAUUUGGGCAGUAUGGUUUCGUUGGCCGAAGUGCAAAAACCGCACGAAAGAUUUCUCCUUUUGGGUGGUCUACAAGGUUUUCUCGAACUGAUGAAGUCGUAUCAUAUAACACCGGAUAUUGAAACAUUCACCACCAUGUUGGAAGUAAUACCGCCCACAAAUACCGCAGAAAAACAAUUGCUGACCUAUAUACGAAAAAUUGGCCUUAAGGCAGAUAUUGAUUUCUUUAAUAUAUUGAUUAAGAAGAGGGCAAUGCGUUUCGAUUACGAAGGUGGAAAAGAGGUAUUAUCAAUGAUUCGUACUGCUGGACUAUAUCCUGAUAUUGUUACCUAUGGAGUGUUGGCAUUGGGUUGUACCACAGUCGAAAGUUCAAGGGAAUUGUUACAGAAAAUGCAACAAAACAAUAUUAGAAUGAAUAUGCAAAUUUUGGGUGCUAUGCUACGCCAAGGCUGUGCCAAAAAAGAUUUUUCUUAUAUUUGUGAAAUUAUACAAAUAAGUUUGGAUGAGAACAUAAAGCCGAACGAUAUAUUCCUUAGACAUUUACAUAAAUUCCAUUUGGAUUGUGCACGGGCCAUUGAUGCAAGACACCCUACCACAAAAACCCAACUCUAUAAAAAAAGCCACAAGAAAUUCUGUGAUAAAUAUCGUCUUUACCUUGAAGAACAUAGUUUGGCCAAUCUAAAACUAGACGAUCAAAUAAAGAAAAUAAGAGAACGCCCUUAUGAACACUAUAAAGAAACUCCUGUCGAUGGUAUGGAGCCUUUGAAGAAUGAAAAAUUGGCUAGCAAACAAAAAUUGCGUAAAUAUAUAAAGAAAAUAAAAAUACAACACCUUAAAGGCGACGAAGAUGAUACCCCACAACUAGAAAGUGUGCAAGAGGAUUCCACGCAAAAAUCUAUUGAUAAGCCCAAAGUAACGAAUGUAAAUAACCCCUUCAGAGUAACAUAG